UUCAUUUCGGAAGGACUCUAAAUGUUCUGGCAUGUGAAACAAACUUUCUUUUCCAGAGAUCAAAUGCCAUAUUUGUUGCAUCAACAUUGAGUAAAUGAGACAUGAGUGUCCAUUCAUUGACGGUUUCUGUCCUAGUUUCGGCUGUGGUUUUUGCCAACGAGCUAGGGUGGAUGAAAUGGGACGCAUAUGACGAGCUUGAAUAUCAGUUUCGAUCUGUUACAGGUGAAAACUGUAGGUCGCAUCCUUUCAACGAUUUAAGAAUGCCAGAGGACGUUUUAACACAAAUACCGAAAUAUAACGAACUACGCAGCAAAGUCUUCUAUAAAAAUCGGACAAAUCUCAUCCAUCUACACAAUAUGGCGUUAAAUCGGGCUUUUUACUACAGCUACAUAUUUCAAAGACUUAACAAGUCCGAAGCCUUCCAAUAUAUGCCUGAUAUACACUAUAUGCACUUUUCUGUAUCUGCAGACCUCAACGCUAACCCUGUGCUGAAUGGAAGUGCUCUAUAUUUUGACCAGGAUUGUUAUUACCCAAACUGGGUGACAAACCACGACUUCAAUCACACUCUUCCCUUGUUUGCACCGAAAGCAUGGCGAUGGGAUGAUACAUUUGACACGAGCAAUUUUCUCAGGGAGCCAACUCUUACCUCAGUUUUUAUAUUAGAUGCUGGAAGCGGUAUAAAUAGAAAUUAUACUAGAGACGAAUACCGAUCGAAUCCAUGGUAUCAUUUCUGGCUGCCUGACACAAAACCUACCUAUGAUUCUACUCGAAAAUACACCUGGAGCGUUAAUCUUAAGUUUUCUAAUGUUACGGGUUUCUUUACACAAAAUACUUUUGAAGGUUUCAAUUUCUUUGGUCCUAAUAAUCCGGGGACUAAUGAUCCUAUAGACAGACUACCUGUACGUUUUACAAGACCUUACUUUGACUGCGGAAAAUCAAACAAAUGGGUAGUAUCUGCAGUUUCUCCAAUAGCAGACUUCAUGCCUCGAUACAGUAAUUGGACACACCUCAGACGACCAAGAUUCAUUGGAGUUACCGUGAUGGACACAUAUUUUGAGCAUGUUGAUUUUAAUGCGUGUGACGUAAGUGAUGGAAACCCUGGACCAAGUUAUCUGGCGGGAACUCACAGAUGCAAGGAACAUUCGAAGUGCAAACAUCUGAGUGGUUUUGGAUUUCAUCGAGGUGGAUAUACAUGUAAGUGUACUGAAGGGUACAGGUAUCCAAACGAAUUAAAACACCCCUAUCUGGGAACUGACAUAGAAGAGUCUACAUGGACAGAGUAUCAGGAGAACUUCAAUUGUACUCCAACUGAUCAUUUGAAUGUUCCCCCAAUUGUUGAUAACCUAGAGAGUGUGUCCAUUGAGUUUUCUGAUGAAGAGUUGAACAUUGGUUCCAUUUCAAGACGAUCAGUAAAAUCCAGUUACAUUCCAGAUUCACUAAAUUUCGAUAAAAGAAGUAGUAGGCGUCAGAAGAGGUCGAAUUAUGACAGACCUCUUUUUGACCCAUUUUCCUAUGAUAGGGUGAUGAAAAUUUACCGACACAAAUCCAGUGUGACGGGGGUCAAUUGUAAGACAAUGCCACCCUCAAAUUUGAUCCUCCCCGGUGAUGUGGGGUACGGAGUGAACGACCAGUUUAAAUACCAGGCCAGCAUGGCUCUCCGAUUAGCUCAUUUCCUGUCCGUCUACACUCAACACACGGAGGACUUCGAAACAUUCGGUCGCAUCAAGGGGGGAGCCCGUUUACACUAUGAAAAAUUAUUUGGAGAAGUUUUGGCUAAUGUGAUGUCCGAUUAUAAGAUUUUAUCCAGUGGAAUCUUUUUUGAACGUUACGUUUACCACAGUCCCAAUGAAUCAGUACGUGAGUAUUUUGGUCCGCUUGCAUUCAAAAAAGAUGGGGAAUUCUAUGUCAUUGAUACCGCCGGACUAGAUAAGCACUAUACUUCAGAGCUUUGGUACAGUGAAAUGAAAUUCAGGUGGAAUACCAAUACAGAACAUUUAAAAAUCUUUCAUAUCCGCUCAGAAAUGCGUUCGGAUACUCAAGGUACAAGUAGCCUACCUCAUGAACACUCUCCUCUGGGUUACAAAGCACCUACUUUAGAACAGGGCCUCUGGAUGCCUCCUAAGUUUAAAUGUGAUGGCCGAAUUGACGCAUGGGUUAUGACAUAUGUAGUGCCAUUUUUUCGAAGGAAAAAGCUUUCAAACAAUAUUCAGUUUGCAGGAGUGGUAACUGUCGAUGUCCCCUUGGAUCUGUUGGAAAUAAAUCCUUGUCCGCAACCUUUCCACGUCCAAAACGCAUUCAAGAACACAGCGCGAUGUCAUACACAGUCCACAACUUGUCGUCCGAUUGAGGGUUUCCGAUUUUCUCGCACGGCAUACGCUUGUGACUGUAGACAGGGAUUCGAGUAUCCAUUCAAAGACGGAAAACGUUGGAUAGCAGGUUCGCUUCUUGAGCUUGAAUAUGAGAAAAAACGCCGAGGUCUAUUUAGCAGGUGUGUGAAUUCUUUCAAUAAACGUUAUCUACUUUAA